AUGAUGUUGAAGAAGCAAUCUCAUCUCUUGUCCUUCUCCCUUGCAAUACUAAUUUCUCUUUUGUAUUCCACCACCACUACUUUAUCCCAAUUAUCACCAGCUGCUGCUCCAAUACAACCUACACUACCUUCCCCCACCACGCCAGCUGCAUCUCCCAAACCAUUGGUACCUUCAUUACCGGAAUCACCUAGUGACUCCACACCUGACACCACAGCGGUUGACAUAGUUGGAAUCCUGAGAAAAGCCAAGUCAUUCAACGUCCUACUCCGACUCAUGAAAACAACUCAAUUGAUCAACCAACUCAAUUCGCAACUAUUGACUACAAAAACAGGCGGAUUAACAAUUCUCGCACCAGAUGACAGCGCGUUCUCAGAACUCAAAGCAGGAUUCCUUAACUCUCUUUCUGAUGGACAGAAACUCGAGCUCUUACAGUUCCACGUUAUUUCCGACUACGUAUCAAGCUCUAAUUUCGAUAUUCUAACCAACCCAGUGAGAACACUUGCUGGAGCCAAACCAGGAAAGGUGGAACUGAACGUUGUGAGUUACGGUGGAAGUGUGAACAUAUCAACAGGUGAAGUGAACACUACAAUCAGUGGUAUUAUAUAUACUGAUAAACAUCUUGCUAUCUAUAAAGUUGGCAAAGUGCUGCUUCCUAUGGAUUUCUUUUCAGUCGCUAAGGCACCCAAGAAGGGACCGGCUUUGGCUCCGGAGCCUUCGGCACUGACUCCAAAAGCUGAAAAGCAAAAGCCACUAUCACCAGAUUCCUCUGAUUCAUCUCAAGCUAAGCCCUCAAAUGAUAACUCUAGUACUGUAAAAAUCAAUGCGUAUGGAAAGUGGAUAUCUUUUUUUCUUGGAGCAGUUAUGUUAACUUCAUUUUCUGCAUAA